AUCAUCUCUGCACUCUGCAUUCUGCUUAUUCGUCGAUCCCCCCUUCCCUGCCAUCUCUUCGCCCUACUCGAUUUCCACCGAUCGCCAUCGUACUGCUCUGCACCAGCCAGCUAGUCUCUCGCGCACGGAAUCGCAUCCACCGAAGCGACCAUGGUGUUUUACCGCUUAAAAGACCUUAUCAAGGCUAUUCGUGCCUGCAAGACCCACGCGGAUGAGCGCGCAGUCAUCCAGAAGGAGUCCGCGUUCAUCCGCACCUCAUUCAAGGAGGAGAACACGGAACUUCGCCACUCCAACAUCUCAAAGCUGCUGUACAUUCACAUGCUGGGCUAUCCUGCCCAUUUUGGUCAAAUUGAAUGUCUUAAGCUGGCCGCCAGUCCUCUUUUUUCUGACAAGCGACUGGGCUAUCUCGGAACCAUGUUGCUUCUGGAUGAGAACCAGGAAGUCCUAACCCUGUUGACCAACUCCCUCAAAAACGACUUGAAUCAUGCCAACAUGUAUAUCGUAGGAUUGGCGCUGUGUACCCUUGGGAACAUCGCCUCUGCAGAAAUGUCGCGGGAUUUGUGCUCAGAGGUGGAAAAACUGCUCGGGAGCUCCAACAUGUACAUUAGGAAAAAGGCGGCGUUGUGUGCAAUCAGGAUUAUUCGCAAGGUCCCCGAUCUCCAGGAGAACUUCAUCCAGCGCUCCUCGUCACUGUUGAACGAUCGCAACCACGGAGUUCUUCUUUCUGGGAUAACCCUGAUCACAGAGAUGUGCUUGUCCUCGCAGGAGACUCUGUUGCAGUUCCGCAAGGCUGUGCCUAUCCUUGUUCGCCACUUGAAGAGCCUUGUCAGUGCUGGCUUUUCGGCAGAGCAUGAUGUGACCGGAAUAACAGAUCCCUUCCUGCAGAUCAAGAUCCUGCGUCUCCUCCGUAUUCUUGGCAAAGACGACGUCGAAAGCAGUGAGACCAUGAACGAAAUCUUGGCUCAGGUUGCGACAAAUACCGAGUCUUCAAAAAAUGUCGGUAACUCGAUUCUGUACGAGACUGUUUUAACCAUCAUGGAAACACCAUCGGAUAAUGCUCUCAGAGUCUUGGCCAUCAACAUUCUUGGAAAAUUCUUGAGCAACAGAGAUAACAACAUCCGAUAUGUGGCAUUGACGACUCUUAACAAGUCCAUCUCACUGGACGUCAAUGCCGUUCAGCGUCACCGCAACAUCAUCCUGGACUGUCUGCGAGAUGCCGAUAUUUCCAUCCGUCGACGUGCGCUGGAGCUUUCAUUCUCGUUGAUCAACGAGUCCAAUGUCCGCGUCCUCACACGCGAACUUUUGGCCUUCCUGGAAAUCGCAGACAACGAGUUCAAGCCUAGCAUGACCACAAAGAUCUGUCUUGCUGCCGAGAGAUUCGCACCAAACAAACGCUGGCACAUCGACACCGUCCUGCGUGUAUUGAAACUUGCAGGAAACUAUGUUCGCGAGGAGAUGCUGGCAGCCUUCAUUCGCUUAGUCACACAGACAUCAGAGCUGCAGGGUUACACUGUUCAAAAGCUGUAUGCCGCUCUUAAGGAGGACAUCUCGCAAGAAUCGCUCACUCUGGCCGGUGUUUGGGUUAUCGGAGAAUAUGGCGACAUUCUAGUCAGUGGUGGUAGUUAUGAAGAGGAGGAACUUGCCAAGGAGGUGUCCGAAUCGGAUGUCAUCGAUCUUUUGGAGUCCAUUUUAGCUGGUCCGUUUGCAAACCAAGUCCUUCGCGAGUACAUUAUCACAUCUCUUAUGAAGCUGACAUCGCGAUUCACCUCCACAUCAUCGUCUGAGAGAGUCAAGAAAAUGCUUGCAGGAUUCUCUACGUCAAUCGAAGUGGAGAUCCAGCAACGAGCGGUCGAGUUCACAAAUCUGUUUCAAUAUGAUGAGAUCCGUCCAGCUGUCCUUGAAAGAAUGCCUGUUAUGCAGGUCAAGGAAACCAUCAUCGCAGGGGAGCGCCUCAGUAACUCAGCAUCGGGCAGCGCUGGCACUCAAGCCAGUAGUUCUGCAGGACCAAGUGAUCAGGAUCUUCUUCUGGAUUUGAUGGGCAUUGGGACCAGUGGAGGCACCACCAACGCUCAGAUCUCAACUGGAGCACCGGCCUCAUCUGGAGGCGGCCCCGCUAAUAACAUUGACUUGCUUGCGGACCUCUUUGGCGGAUCCAGUGUGGCCAGUCCACCUGCAGCAUCGAAUUCAUCGGCGGCAGCUGUAAGCGACCUGUUUGCCGGCAUCGGGUCUACCUCUGCCGCCGCCUCUUCUCCGGCACCGAAUGCGGGCAAUAACAUUCUGGAUCUUCUUGGUGGAGGCAUGGCUGCAACAGCUACCUCGCCUACAUCUGCGCCCACGUCUGCAAGGACAUCGUCGACAAAUAGCAACGGAUCUUCAAGCCAGACACAGAAGACAUAUCCUGUUUACUCCAAGAAUGGCUUCUCUAUCGUCUUCACACCGCAGCGCGACAGUGCCAACCCCAAUGUUGUCAACAUCCUGGCAACAUUCCACAACGACGGCGCGGUCUCUGGAGGCGCUAUUAGCGGCGUUCAGUUCCACGCUGCCGUGACCAAGACACAACAGCUACAAAUGCGUCCCGCGUCAUCGAGUGAAGUAGCGGCGGGCGGCAAUGCCACGCAACUGCUCAAGAUUGCCAAUCCUCAAAAGACCCCGGUUCGUCUUCGUCUCAAGGUCGUAUAUACCACAGCCAACCAUGGAGCGGUGGCAGAUCUCUCAGAGUUUGCAGGAUUCCCCGAGGGUGCAUACUAAGGAAAACAGGUUUAGUACCUCGGACGGGAGACUUGGUAGCUUCGAUAUCAUAGAAUGCGGAAAGGAUGGCACGAGAAAUAAAAACAGGGGUUUAAAUCGAGUGAACAGAAGAAAAUGCGGGUCGAUCG